AUGUCGCACACGCUCUUCACCAAAGCGCCUUCGCUGCGCAAUGUAGCCCAACGCUCCGUCCCGCGCCAAUUUCGCGCCUCGUACCACAGACAGUCCUCCCCGAAGAUGGCAUCCGGCGCCGCGCCCAUCCGCACUCUCCUCCGCCAGACGACGCUCCGUGCAAGCGCAAUAGCAGCGCAACGGACGUCCUACCCGGUCACGCAACAGUUCUCCUACCAAACCUACACACAACAGCGCUCACGGUCGCCGUCCCCACCUCCACCAUACCAAGCACGCAACACCUCCAUCCUAGCAGCGCCAAACCAAUGGACGCGCUUCACCACACCCUACAACACCCUCUCUGCCGUCCGCACAUUCACUUCAACGCCAUGCGCUAAAUUUGCAUCCGCCACGUCGUCAGCCCCAUCCUCGCUAUCUCCAGAAGCUCAACAAGCGGUUGAGGAAGCGAUCGAGGAGAUACAAGAACUCUACGGCACAGCCAAAGACGAGUUUGAAAUUGCGUCGGAAGAGAGCGAGAAGAACACAACGUAUGCGCCUGACGACCGUGCUGCAGCGAGGGAAGAGCUGGAUAGGUUGCUCGAGUACUACAAAGGGGUUGUUGAAGGUGAGGAUAGGCCGGUCGCAGAUGAAGUGAAGAGGAGGGUGGGGCAGAGGAUUAGGGAGCUGGAGAAUGCCGUGCUGGCUAUGGAGGAGGCUGCUACCCAUGGCGAUUAG